CCCCAAUCCUUCCCACUUCGCCUUAUUUAACUCCUCCACUUUCCCAGACCCACAUUCCCAUUUUUCACACACACCCACUAUUCUCUUUCUGUUCUCUGUUCUCUCUCUCACUCUCUCUCAAUGGCAGCGAAGACCUCCCUCGCUCUCUGCCUUUUGGCAGCCUGGGCCGUCGCUCUGGCUCAUGGUGGGUCGUCUUCUGCACAUCACGCGCCGUCGCCUUCACCGGACUGUUUGAGCCUGGUAUCGAACAUGGCGGAUUGUUUGUCCUACGUCUCCAACGGAAGCACGACCAUGAAGCCACAGGGUUCAUGCUGCUCUGGCUUCAAGACUGUGCUUAAGACCAGUCCUGACUGUAUCUGUCAAGCCUUCAAGAGCAGUUCUCAAUUUGGUGUCUCUUUGAAUAUCACAAAGGCCAUGACUCUUCCUGCCGCUUGCAAAGUCUCUGCCCCUUCUUUUUCUAACUGUGGAUUGUCUGUAGCUCCUGCUGGUGCUCCUGGAAUGUCCCCAUCAUCAUCUGCUGCAGCCCCUGGAAUGUCCGGGCCCUCCGGGAGUGAGCUAUCUCCAACAGGAGCAGUACCGGCACCAUCUCCCGGAAACUCAGCACCAGCCAUGGCUCAAAUAUCAGCAGGAUCAUUGCUUGUCUGCAUAUUUGCAGCCAUAUUCUCAGGGUUUUGAGAGCUUCUUGUUCCAUUUUGCACUAUACUAAGAGAACAUAUAUGACAUGCUACUGAGGCUAAGGGGCUACUAUAUUGAUGAUGUUAUCUGAUCUGAGUUUUACCUUUACCUGAUUAGCUUUUUGUUCAUUCCAUGUGUACGUGUGUGUGUGACUUUUACCAGUAGAAUAUUAUUGUUCAUUGUGCAGUGAGUGACUCAGACUUUUGGAGUUAUGUAAUGGAUCCCUUUUUGUGAAUUAUGAAUUUAUUAUGGUGAUUAUUACAUGUUA